UUUUUGUGUGCGUCGCCGUUGCGUUAGUCAGUUCAGUUCCUGUUUGUUGGUAGAAUUGGUGUGGUUAUGUGCCGUUUAUUUACAUUACGAUACCUGUUGCUUUUCACACGUUUAUUAUUUAAAUAAAACAUGAACAAUUACAUAGACUGUUGAGUGUCGUACAUAAAAUGAGUGAUUAUUUCGUGUAGAUUCGUACAAUGGGAUUGUUAACUUCGAAAGAAGAGACUGCGACACAGCAGCAGCAGCAGCACAAUAAUUUAUCCGACAGGCCCGAAAGCAUUAUAUCUUCGAAAUAUGGGCACGGAAGGCAGCCGAGUAUACGCGCUAAAUCGAAACGGCCCAUGCCAGAUCCCAACGAGCUCGAAAGGAGGUUUACGGAAGUUUUGGCUUCCAUGGAUCUGCCACCUGACAAAGCGAAAUUACUGAAAAACUACGAUUUCGAAAAGAAGUGGGACAUUAUCUGUGAUCAGGAGAUGGUUCAGGCCAAAGACCCUCCAUCCUAUUAUCUUCAUAAAUUACGCACAUAUUUAGAUCCAAAAGCUUCCAGAAGUCAUCGAAAAAGAAAAAUGGUGGGGGAUUCCACAUCGACGCAGGUACUACGCGACUUGGAAAUCUCGCUGCGCACAAAUCACAUCGAGUGGGUACGCGAGUUUCUAAACGAGGAAAAUUUAGGCUUGGACGUUCUCAUAGACUAUUUAAGCUUCAGAUUAGGAAUGAUGAGGCACGAGCAGCGCAUUACCGAAUCGCGAACCGGAUCCGAGGAACGUCUCAAUGUAACCAUGCAAACGACGGCCCCGCACAAUACGAACACCAUCGAAAAGCAAAACGGUCACGUGCGCGGUCAGAGCGAGGUGACCGAUAGUCCGAGCAUAAAGAGAAGGUCGAAGCAUGUAGCCAAGUUGAAUAUGGGGGAGUCUAAGGAUGACAUUCACGUUUGUAUCAUGUGUAUGAGGGCAAUUAUGAAUAAUAAGUACGGUUUCAACAUGGUGAUACAACAUCGUGAGGCAAUCAAUUGCAUAUCCCUUAGUUUAAUUCACAAAAGUCUGCGUACAAAAGCCUUAGUAUUAGAGUUACUCGCCGCGAUAUGUCUGGUUAAAGGGGGGCACGAAAUAAUUUUAUCCGCAUUUGACAACUUCAAGGAGAUAUGCCAGGAGCGGUACAGGUUUCAGACCCUUAUGGACUACUUUAUAAAUUACGAAGUGUUUCACAUAGAAUUUAUGGUAGCUUGCAUGCAGUUUGUUAAUAUUGUAGUGCACUCAGUGGAAGAUAUGAAUUUUAGGGUCCAUUUGCAAUACGAGUUUACCGCUUUGGGCUUAGACGAAUACCUGGAAAGAUUGAGGCAUACGGAAAGCGAAGAACUGCAAGUGCAAAUAUCCGCCUAUUUAGACAACGUGUUUGAUGUGGCCGCUCUCAUGGAAGACAGUGAAACAAAGACGGCGACCUUAGAAAAGGUAGCCGAAUUGGAAGACGAAUUAGGCCAAGCGCAUGACCGGUUACACGAACUGGAGAGCGAGUCUCUCGCGAAGUUUGCCGAAAUUGAAACGGAAUUCGCCAAAAUGAGGCAGGAAAGGGAUGAGUUGCUGGAAAAACGGAGAUUAGUCGACGAAGAGGUCACUACGUUAAGGCGAGCCGUGCAGCACCACGAGCAGGAAUCGAAAAAUCGACAAUCUUUGCUGGAAUCGAAGAUUAUGCAACUCGAGUCAAUUACCAAAAGUCUUCCGAAGGGAGCGUCAAUUGCCGGUUUGGCUGAAAUCCUGCAGAUGACCCCUCCGACUUCAUCUGGAGAUUCCACGGAAUCGAACACACCUGUGAUAUCUACACCAUCACCGGCCCCGCCUCCUCCACCGCCUUGUCCGCCCCCGCCACCUCAACGUGUGUCGUCAGUUCCUAUUCCCCCGCCCCCCGCCGGUCUAAUGCAGGCGCCCGACGGCGCGAUGACGAUCAAACGCAAAGUACAAACCAAAUACAAACUUCCUACAGUCAAUUGGAUACCGCUCAAGCCAAACCAAGUACGAGGUACCGUCUUCAACGAGCUCGACGACGACAGACUGCACAACAGCAUAGACUUCGUCGACUUCGAAGAGCGCUUCAAGAUUGGCAAUAUGGGCGUUUUAAAUAACAGCGCGUGCGAGGUGGACGGUCUGUCGUCGUUCCCGAGUAAGCGAUUUAAGAAGCCCGAAAACGUCACCUUACUCGAGCAUACGCGUCUACGCAACAUCGCCAUCUCGCGGCGAAAGUUGGAGAUGCCCGUGGAUAAAGUGACGAAUGCGAUCAACAUGUUGGAUUUGAAGCAGUUGUCGCUCGAGAACGUCGAAUUGCUACAGCGUAUGGUGCCUACGGAACAAGAGUGUAAGGCGUAUCGAGAGUACGUCAUAGAAAAGAAGAAUGUCAAUAUAUUAACGGAGGAGGAUAAGUUUUUGAUGCAUUUAACUAAAGUCGAAAGGAUAUCUGCAAAAUUGUCAAUUAUGAGUUAUGUGGGCAACUUUUAUGACAACAUACAUUUAAUUGCACCGCAAGUACACGCAGUAAUUUCCGCUUCCAAUUCCGUUAAAAAUUCGAAAAAACUUAGAUCGGUAUUAGAAAUAAUCCUGGCCUUCGGAAAUUACCUAAACAGUAGCAGGAGAGGUCCAGCUUAUGGCUUUAAACUGCAAUCUUUGGAAUCCCUAUUGGAUAUAAAGUCGACUGAUAAACGCAUGUGCCUUCUACAUUACAUAGUCACGACGAUUCGACAGAAAUUCCCAGAAUUACUGAACUUCGAGUCCGAUCUCUUAUAUAUCGAGAAAGCUGCCAGUGUGUCACUGGAAAAUGUGGUAACUGACGUGCACGAAUUGGAAAAGGGAAUGGAUAUUGUACGAAAGGAAUCCGACACUAGGGGUAAGGGUGCGCAAAGCGUCGUGUUGAAAGACUUCCUAUCGAAUUCCGAGGAGAAAUUGAGAAAAUUGCGGAACGACGCGAAGGUUGCGCAGGAAUCGUUUAGGGAGUGUGUCGAAUAUUUCGCAGAGUCAUCACGUACUACUGAUGCAAACACUUUCUUCUCACUGCUCGUUCGUUUUGCAAAAGCGUUCAAGGUUGCAGAUCAAGAGAAUGAGCAGAGGCGGAGGUUAGAAUUGGCAGCUCAAAACUCCAAUAAAGUCAACGAGGAUGUGAUUAAACGAAAUAAAAUCAAUCAGAAAAAACAACAGGAAGCGGUAAUAAACGAACUGAAGCACAAAACGAGAAUGGUGCAGGAGAAAAAAUUACUGCAUCAAGACGAAGUAUACAACGGGGCCUUAGAGGAUAUACUUUUAGGAUUAAAAAGUGAGCCUUACCGACGUGCCGACGCCGUUAGGAGAAGUCAACGGCGGCGAAUUGACAAUAAUCGACUCUCUAAAACGAUGGAGGAAAUGGAAUUUUAGCGAUCCAGUGAACAACGGGCAAUUAACCAAAUACUUAUGACAAUUCUGAGAUACAGAAGUAAAAAAAGAAAUAUAGUGUACAUAUUUUUAUUAUAAAUUAUUGUCAAAU